AACCCCAGCAAGAGUCUCCUGAUCCAGAGCUACCUUAUGAAAGUAAAUUUAGGAAAUCAGCCAACAGGCAGCCAGCUGGACUUCAACAAAUACAACUUUUCAGAGAAGAUGGAGCUGGCUAGCUUCCUUCAAGUUGCAGACAGGCAGACAAAGACUUUGGCAGAAUCCCCUGAAGGGCAGACUAAAAAGACAGAUGUUUCCCCUGUUGUACUGGACCUACAGAACUCAUACCAUGCUUUAAAUGAGCAAGAGCAUGCCCCAGUUGUCUGUUCAAAUCAGAUUGCUCGUCAUUCCUUUCCUGUUUCAAGGAGAAACAGUGCUGAUGCAAGUAUUUCUUCCCAGAAAGCAAUCCCUUGCUUUGCUUUCAAUGGUCCAUACUUGUACAGCUCAGUGAUGUCCUUCCAGCCUGAUAGGCAUCAAACCCUGGAAGUGGACCCAGUAGGAGUCCAUGAGAAAUCAAUUUCCCUUCAGUGUUUGACUCUCCCAAAGGAAGACCGUCCCCAGGCUCCACAGAGGCAAGAACAGCCAGGAGCACGUCGUCCACAGCCCUUCCUGCUCCCAGAUCAGAAGGAAAUGUGGCAGCACCUCGUCAAUGAGAAAGAAGUCUCACGAGCCCCGUCAGCCUGUGGGAAAGGCACAAACAUGAGAACAGAAGAGCAGAAAUCUCCAAAGGCUCUUAGCUGUAUCACGUCUCCUCAGCACUGUCCCUUGGAGUACAUCACCACAGAGGGCUUGUUACUGCCAUCAGCCAGUGACUCCAUCCAUCCACCACUUGUCACUGCUGGGGAGUUACCUCAUGAUUCACAGGAGCCCCAGCACCCCAGUGACCCCUCUUGCUGUGAGUUUUCUCCUGGGAAAACUGAUGUCAUGGUCCCAGCUUCAGGUCAAGCACCAAGCUCUUCUCCUGAAUUGCACCUGGAUACGUUUGGAGAUUAUCUUACUGUCCCUUUAAGUCUCCAUGGACAUUCAGAAUCCACAAAGAUUUCUUUGCCUAUCUUACAGAAGGGAAAUGAUCUUUCUAGAAGGCAGCCUUCAUCAGAGGGUAACUUGGUGGUGUUGAAUCCUGACAGCACUGAGCCAGUUUUCCUUUGCCAGGUUGGUGACUAUUGCUUCCACAGCCUAAAAUCCAGUGUGAAGAUGGAUAUUAGUCAGGAAGACCACCAAGUCAAGAAACCUUCCGAAGGCAAGUCAACAUCUGGAAAGCCUGUAUCUGAUGAUGAUUCCAUAACUGGCAAGGAAAAGGAUGUGUCAAAAAUGCAGGCUAUUCAGCUUUUCAAAAAUCUGAAAUCAGACGAUUACUUUUCCUGGCAGCAAUCUUUGAGGAUCAGAGAAAUCUGUUAA